AUGGCCUCCCGAAACCCAGCCCGUCUCUUCCAAGCCCUCCGGCCAAUGGUGCCGGGUCGCGCCACCCCCCUCCGGACGACGAUCCGUUUCUACUCCGAUGCCGCCGCCGCAACCCCGGCGCAGCCCAAGCUCUUGGCCGCCCUCAAAACCGACCUCAAGACCGCCAUGCGCGCAAAGGACGCCCCGCGCCUCUCCGUCCUCCGCUCUGUUCUCUCCGCCACCAACAACGCCGCCAAGACAGACUCACCGAUCGCGACCGACGCCCAGCUCGUCGCCCUCCUGCGCAAGACCCAGCGCGCCACCCAGGACGCCGCCGUCCAGUUCCGCGCCGCCGGCCGCGACGACCUCGCCGACAAAGAGGACCUCCAGGCCAAGGUCAUGGCUGAGUACAUUGCCGGCAGCGGCGUUGUCACCGUCACCGAGGCCGACGUUCGGGUCCUCAUCCAGAAGGCCGUCGAGGAUACCGUCGCCGCAGGCAAGAGCGGGCUCGGGGAGGUCAUGAAGCUCAUCAACGUGGCGAUUCAGGGCAAGGACCUCGAGAUUGAAAAGAAGCGUGUUGCCGAACUCGUCAAGGAGGCCCUCAAGAAGGAUUAG